GAUGGGCAAAAGGGUUGAGAUACGCAUUCCCAUUUCUCAUGUGUGUGGUUCAACACUAUGUUGACUCUAAAGGAGUUUCCUAUUAUGGGUUUGAAGCCUGGUGGAAGUGGGUUGCCGAUGGUUGUCCACCACGUCCUUCAAAAGAAGAAGUAACCAAAAGGACACGUCAGUCCGGUCAGUUUGUUCGAAAGGAGCAAACGAAUUCUCAAGACCUUUCUUCUUGGAGAUCCAUGGGAGAAACUUAUUAUCCUGACCGAAAGAGCCAAGAAACAUUGGACGCUGAAGAACUUCGAGAAAGGAAAAGUUUGAAUAAAUCCAGUACGGAGAGAGAAAAAGGCAGUGUUGCAACUCAUUCUUAGAUAGUUGUUGAUACUUGGAAAACGAGUGAUAGUGAGUAGCUACAUAAAGGUAGAAUAACAUAGUCUAAAAAAUUGCUCCUUG